AUAUAUAUAUAUUAAUAUAUUAUGUGAAAAUUCGGUCAAAGGAGCAUCUGUAUUAGAGAAUUUUGUAGAGGUUCUGAAGUGAAAAGAAAAAUAAAAAAAUAAAAAGAAAAUGAUGUGGCAAGAAAAAAUUGUAGAAUCGACUCUGCUCACAGAGAAUCGGCUCUGAAAACAGGUGUCUUUACCCGAUUCGUGGUAAUUUUUAUUUUUUGUAAAAUCAGUUUCUCUCUUCUCUCUUCUCUCUCUUGGGUCGAUCAAUAUUCUCUCUUCGACUUUAUCUAAGAACAAUUAACAGCAGCUAAAUCGCUAGAGAAAACAAUCUAUAUGGAGAUGUUGGAGAGAAUUUCGAGCUCGACAAAAUCUAUAGGGUUGGAUCGUAUUCAAAGGUAUAUUAUCUACUCUUGCUUUCUCUCCAACCAAUUCUGGAAUGUUGGCUGUGGGCUCUUACGGGCAGAGUCCUGGGAUAUAUUGAGAAGACAACAUGGAGCUAUUGUAUGUCUUACAUGGCGAAGGCGGCGUUACACAUGAUCCUUCAAUUUUCUUUUGGUUUGGUUUGGGCUGUCUUUGGGUUUCUAGGCUUAUAUGGUGGUUGUCCAGGAAACAAGAACAAGGCUAGAGACAAUAUGAAUGCUUAGUGAGCCAUGAUCAGCGAAGAAAUUAAGGAUACAUAAACGUUCAAAUUGUACAGAGCAACGGAGAAGACAAACCGACAUGUAUUCUUUGAUAUUGAGCCAAGUGGUCGGCAUCUAGGCACCGGUGGUCAGGUAACAACCACGCUCUCCUUGAGGACCUAAAAGAUCCUUAGCAACCAUGAAAGUAGAGCAGCCACCGCCGCAGAAAAGGAGGAGGAAGAAGAAGAAGAAUACUAAAACAACAAGUACUCCUCCUCCUCCUCCUCCUCCUCCGUCGUUUACAUCACUUCCAGAUGAAAUCAUUGUGAAUUGUUUAGCUCGCAUCUCCAGGACUCACUACCGUUUUCUCUCCUUAGUCUCCAAGGCCAUCCGCUCUCUCCUCUCUUCCCCUGAGCUCUGUUCGCUCGGAGAUCGGAAACACAGAGCCUUGCCUCUACAUCUGCCCAGAGUUACCCACUACUUAUGAUCGGUGGCGCACUCUUGAUCAAACAAUACUUACCGAUGGGCGGAUUCGGAAUGUGUUUAGCUUAUCACGUAUCACGAGACCAACUUCUUGUGCUCCUCCUCCACCAAAGAAGCCAACAACUUUAGCCGUCGGUUUCGAAAUCUACCAAAUGGGCGGAUCCAACAACGACGACAAGCGGCCUUCCUCGGCCGUUCGUGUGCUCGAUUGUCGGACUCACACGUGGCGUGACGCUCCUGAUAUGACGGUACCAAGGAAAAGCGCCAAGUCUGCUUUUAUAGACGGAAAGAUAUAUGUAGUUGGAGGAGCAGAGGGAUCCAAGAAUUGUGCUGAGGUUUUGACCUAAAGUCUCAAACUUGGAAGCUAUUGCCUAGCCUUAGUGAUGAUGACGCUAAGGUUGGGUUUCGCAGAAGAAAGAUAUACGAUCCCAUGCAAAGAAGAUGGAAGGAACUUGUAGAGUUGUGUUUUGGUCCAGGAGAUACGAGCGAACCUUGGUGCGUUAUAGAAAACGUAAAGUUUAGUAACUUUCGGGGUAAGCUUGAGUGGUAUGACACAGAGCGUAGAAACUGGAUCGAUGUUGAGGGUUUGAAAUAUAAGGAUGGUAGAACAAUCCAUUUAGCUAACCAUGGUGGAAAACUCGUACAUCUAAGGAAGGAGCCAGGGACGACAUGGUCAUUGGUUCCGGGGGAGAGGAGGAGGAGAAGGGCAGACGAAUCUCCAGUGCCGUUGAAGAGACGAAAAUACCUACACCAAAGGAUUCAGUGUGAGUUGAUUAAGCUGGAGAAGCGCAUGGGCUCUUCUGGAUUAGAGAUUUGGGGGACGAUUGUAUGGUCGAAAGCUGUGCUUUCAUUCCCCAAUUCAUAUGAAUUUUUAAGCUGUAUCAUCACCCUUUGAUUCAUUUGCUUUCAUUUUAUCAUUUGUUUUCACCAGACAAGUUCUGAAACUUUCAUCUUUGUAUUCAUUUUAUAUGCUUAAGCACAGCAGUUGAUUUUACAUGGAUGGUCAGCGUUUCAUAGUGGAUUUGUAUAUGUCAUAAGACUCGUAUUGAUCAUUGAGUAGAUAGGCCUUACAUGCG